UUGGAUGUCGUCGAAUCAUGUCUGUCUUCUCACGGACCCUGAGGAGUGGUUCCAGACGUUCCAAACACUGGGGACUCAGCGGGGUCCCCCGAGCCUGGCCCAGCGGCGCCCCAGGCCUGGUGGCUGACCACCGUCCGGCCCCCGAAGGCCGAGGAUGCAUCGUUGGAAGGCAGUGGUCUUGGCGUCUAUGCUGUGCGGUUCCGUGCUGUCUCUCUGGCUGUGCCAGGACGGAUUGUUCCUAGGUCGCCCCCUCCGACCGGCCCUCGCCCCCCUGCGCCGGCCACCCCGCACCCUGGACGCCCGGAUCGCCCGCCUGGCGCAGUACCGUGCCCUGCUGCAGGGCGCCCCGGACGCCGUGGACCUGCGCGAGCUGGCGCCCUGGGCCGCGCCGUCGGGGCCGUCGGGGCCGCGCCGUCGGGCGGGGCCGCGCCGCCGCCGUGCGCGUGCGCGGACGGGCGCGCGGCCGUGCGGGCUGCGCGAGCUGGAGGUGCGCGUGAGCGAGCUGGGCCUGGGCUACGCGUCGGAGGAGACGGUGCUGUUCCGCUACUGCGCAGGCGCGUGCGAGGCGGCCGCGCGCCUCUACGACCUGGGCCUACGGCGCGUGCGCCAGCGGCGGCGGGUGCGGCGGGAGCGGGUGCGCGCGCAGCCCUGCUGCCGCCCGACGGCCUACGAGGACGAGGUGUCCUUCCUGGACGUGCACAGCCGCUACCACACGGUGCACGAGCUGUCGGCGCGCGAGUGCGCCUGCGUGUGA